UUGAGCCAGAACUCAGGUACAGCAAAGUAGUCCGUCAGCUGCGCGCCUCGACUGCCGCGGCAUCCCUUUUCUUGCACAGCUUAACUUCCUCCUUUUGCCUUUGCGGUCCUCAACGCUGAAAAAUGAGCUGGCUUCUGAAUCGCUUCAUGUUGCCCCUGGUUCUGCUCUUCUGCCGGGGGCUCCAGGAGAACGGCGCCCAGGCCUGCACCUGUCUCCUGCUGCAUCCCCAGCAAGUAUUUUGCCAAGUAGAUGUCGUCAUCAAAGCGAAGGUUGUUAGCACAACGGCUGACGGUGGCCUAAAUCCAAUCAAGUAUGACAUCCAGCAAAUAAAGAACUUUAAGGGCCCUGAGAAGGUUUUUGCCGCCGUGUACACUGCAUCCAGCUCUGCCGCAUGUGGAAUCACUCUGACCAACGGCGUUGAAUAUCUAUUAAUGGCCAGACUCCAGUCUGACGGCUCUCUGUACAUCACCUCAUGCGACUUCCAUCAGCCGUGGGACGACAUGAGCGCCACGCAAAAGAGCUUGUUGCAGCUCUACGGGAUGGGCUGCGACUGCAAGAUCACGCGCUGCUCCUCCCUCCCGUGCGGCAUCAGCAGCUGGACCGAAUGCUUGUGGACGGACUUUUUGCCAGUGAAGAUGGCCAACGCGGAGCAGGCCCGAAACUUUGCUUGCGUCAAGAGGAGAGAAGGCUCUUGUGCCUGGUACAGGGGUUCCGCCUCCCCCGCAAAGGAGUUUCGUGGGCGUUAAAGGUUCUUAAUGCAAAUAAAUGGUUUAUGUUCUGACAA